AUGCUUGAUGGUUCGAUGUGGGAACCUGGCGGGCUUUCUCAGCGUUUCUCAGAAGAGGGUUCUAGGUUGGCAACAAUGAGAGCUGAAAUAUUGACCGCAAACUGUUCGGGACACUGCCGUUUCUACGAGCAUCAGUCACCAUUACACCCCGAAUUGCCGGCCAGCCUUGACUUCUUAUCGUUUUUCUACAAAAAAGUAAUGAAGUACGACGUCGAGUUUGAGCUUGCUACACGACCGAAACGAUCGGCCGAUUUUGACACAGAAGAGACUAGAAGAUGGAACGACGUUGAAGAGACCUUAAAGGCUGCGUUUGGAGAAGAAUGCAUUCCUUUGAAAGUAAACAGUGAUGCUGCACCCUACUACGGCCCGAGAAUUAAUAUCGUUAUGCGAGAUCCUUAUGGUCGUUUUUACUUACAUGGUUGGAUGCAGCUAGAUUUCGAACUGCCGGAGCGCUUGGGCCUGAGCUAUGUAGGUGAGGAUGGAAGUCGCCUUCGACCAGUGUUAAUUCAUCGAGCGUUGGUCGCUCCAGUAGAGAUAUUUCUAUGCAUUAUCCUCACCGAUUGUCAACAACUGUUGCCAUUUUGGUUGUCUCCUAGGCAGGUGUCAUUGGUCGCCGUUUCUACCGAAUCAACUAAAUAUGCACAUAGGGUAGCGGAAGAGCUAAUCGAUGGGAAUUUCGAAGUGCCUCCUGCUAUUUUGUAUACUAUUCCUCAGCUAAUUGAUGGAGUUCUUAAACAUGUUCAGAUCAAUUCUGACUUUGACUUCAACGGGCCUCUUAAUAAACGAAUAAAAGCAGCGGUGGAAGCUGGAUACACUUUCAUAAUUGUGGUGCUCGGUGAGUUCCCGCUCGACGAUGUGCUGAGUGAAUUUCGACGUUUUGUGGACGAGCAUUGUAGCGACGACCAGUGUUACGAAAUGCUUGAAAAGAGUCCACGAUAUCAGGAACCUCCUUUAUGUGAAUGA